AUGGAUUAUGUUCACAUUUCUGAUUCGAAUCUCCGGAUACAGGAUAUUUGGUCGGUUGGUAAGUGGCAUUUGGAUACUCUUUAUUCUCCUUUAUCUCAAAAUCUGAAAGGCAAUAUUCUCUCUUACAAUCCAGAUAAACAAGCAGGUCCGAAAUUGGGAGGAGCGAGAGAAUUGGCUUUGCUUUGGCGUCAGCUUGUUCCGGAAAAGCAUAAGUUUUUGGCUUGGUUGUGUCUUAAGGAGGCUCUUCCUACUGCAAGUUUUCGCUUUAGAAGAGGGAUGUCGUCAUCGGAUAGGUGUUCAAGAUGUCUUUCUAGUCAGGAAUCAGUUUUACAUUGUAUUCGAGAUUGUCCAAAAGCUCAACUUGUCUGGCAUAGGUUGGAUAUUUCUUGUCAUCCUUUGGAUUUGAAGAACUGGUUCUUGUAUCAGAGCAAAGAGUAUCCGUUCAAGUUCUUUUCGGGACUUUGGUGGAUAUGGCGAGUAAGGAAUAAUGACAUAUUUAAUCUCCAUGAAACUUGGCCUCCGGAAAAAGUGAUUUGUCUGGCAUUAACUUCAGAAAAGGAGCUUAGGAAUAUUUUUGAAUUACAACGUAUGUCCCUUCCCUCUACUCUAAAUGGUUUUUGGAAUCCCCCAUCCAUUUGUACUUUUAAGAUUAAUUGUGAUGCUAGUUAUUUUGGUUCGGGUGAUAGUAUUGAUUUUGCUUGUGUUAUUAGAGAUUGUAAUGAGAGCUGGCAAAGGGAGUGUUUGGGAAUCAUUGAGAGUAAUAGUAUUCUUCAAGGAGAAUUGUUUGCUAUUUGGAGAGGAUAUCUCUUAGCUUGGGAUGUGGGUCAAGGAGAUGUUAUUUGUAAGAUGGAUUGUGUGGAAGCAUUUAAUCUUGUUACUCAAGAUGAUUUUGGGUUUAUUGAUCCAUUGGUGCUCAAAAUAAGAGAUAUCAUGCAUUGGAAUUGGCGUGUUGACUUUCGUUUGAUUAUGAGAGAUGCAAACACGGUGUCAGAUACUAUGGCAAAGAUGGCGAUGAAGUUACAACUUUCGCAUAUGGAGCUUCUUUCACCUUGGAGGAGUUUAAGAAGUGCAUGUGCAUUGUAA